CUGCCUCUCCCAUCCCUUCGCCGCCUGUACCCACGAGCACGCGGCCAAAUUCAUUUUUUUCCCAUGACCAUCAGCCUCUCUCUCUCUCCCAGUCUCCUUCUCCAGUCCCCCUCUCUCUCUCUCCCGUCUCCUCCAGCCCCUCGCCGGCUGCUCCCCUCGGCCAGCCACCGCCUCCAGCCCGCCCCUGCCGGCUGCUCCCCUCGGCCAACCCCCGCCUCUGCAGCCACCCGCCCGCCCCACCCCACCACACGCGAGAGGAGGGAGGCAGCCGCCAACCCAAGUCUCGGCGCCGGCAUAGGACUCCAGAUCCGGCCACCUCCGUCCCAGGCAACGUCAAGCUAUGGUGGAAAAGGGCUUCGAGGAUUUGAUUGCUUCUAUUUUGUUUCAGGAUCCUUUGUGUGAAACUGCAUGUCUUUGUUGUAAUUUCUUUGUUUUUUGGACUUUUUUGGUCUCCGGGUCGGAUGGACCCGCGGGUCUGCGAGAUCCGACUCGGGUCCGGGUCUGGUAGAAUUUCAGACCCGACGUCGGGUCCGGGUCCGGGGUGGAUGGGCGGGUCCGGGUUUUGGAAGCGCCGGACCCGAACCCGGCGGGUGCCAUCCAUGACCAUUCUCUCGCGGAUUCCCUAGGCUCGAGCUCGACCCUUCCGCCGCAUCACACGCGUCAUGGCGAGCGUGCCACGUUGGUGCGGUCCAUCUCCACGCUACAGUUUGGGCGCAGCGCUAGCAGUAGCUGGAUCCAAAGCCACUGCGUUUAUUGUAGCAAAGCUGAGGAUCGAUGCCGAUGCCCAGCCAGCUCGGGCUUCUCCGGCGAGGCUACCCAGCCGCCGCCGCCGCUGCCGCGAGGAAGAAUGGGAAGCUUCUUGAGGGGACCCCGGCGGCGCUCGGCUUCAGGAUGCCGGCUGAGUGGGAGCCGCACGACCAGUGCUGGAUUGGGUGGCCGGAUGCCCAAGGACUUUGGCGAGAUGCUGCUGCCCCUGCUCAGAAGGCCUUUGCAAAUGUUGUGAAUAGGAUCUCAAGAUUUGAGCCAGUCACCGUAUGCUGUAGCGCCGGUCAGUACGCAAGAGUAGCCGAUUUGAUGGAACACAAGUCCAAUGUGAGAGUGGUAGAGAUGAGCGCUCGUGUUGUUUGGAUGCGUGAUUUAGGCCCCACUUUUGUUGUGCGUGAAGGCAAGACAAGAUUGAGACGAGAAAUUGCAGGGGUGGAUUGGCAGUACAAUGCAUAUGGAGGUUUUAGCGGAUCAUUUGGAGCAGAAGAUCCUCACCUCAACAGGAGAAAAAGACAGGAAGAGUAUCUUAGUGAAGAUAACCUUGUUGCUAGAAAGAUCCUGGAAUUGGAGAGAGUUCCUAGGUUCAAAACCAGUUUUGUUCUUGAAGGUGGAAGCAUUCAUGUCGAUGGAGAAGGUAGGGUGGAUAUGAUCCUUCUGCGUAACCAUGUUUUGGAGACACCUGCUGCUCUCUGGAACAUUAGAAGUGCUGGCCUUUUAUUUUCCCCGCGUUAUUUGUCGCAAAAGUUUAGUGCUGCAGAGUUGCAUCCUGAGUUAUUAUUUAUCCUUAUGAUUCUCAAGUUUAGGGUUAGUGGAGCUCCCAUAUACUUGAAUCUUAUCGCAACACCAAUAAUACAUCAAAGGCAUCUCCACCUUUACACAGGAACCUGUAUCACCACUGAGCAGUGUUUGUGCCAUGGGAACAGAAACCCCCACAUGAGUAAGGAUGAGAUAGAGAAGCAGCUGAAGAUAUAUCUUGGUGUGUCCAAGGUCAUAUGGUUACCCAAAGGCCUGUAUGGCGAUGAAAUGAUCAGCGGGCAUGUUGACAACAUAUGCUGCUUUGCCGGACCAUCCACUGUCCUCUUAUCAUGGAUAGAUGACACAUCUGAUCCUCAGUACGCACAUUCAGCUGCGGCAUUCGACAUACUUUCCAGUACAACUGAUGCCAAAGGCAGGAAGUUGGAUAUUAUUAAGAUCCAUGUCCCUGGCCCACUCUAUACAACUGAAGAAGAAGGACUGCAAUUUGCAGACUUGGUGGAUAAAGGGCAGGAGAGGUUAGCUGGAUCAUAUGUGAACUUCUACAUCGCCAAUGGUGGGAUCAUAGCACCAGCAUUUGGUGACAGGUGGGAUGAAGAAGCGCGCAAAGUCCUGGAGAAAGCAUUUCCUAACCACGAGGUAGUGAUGGUUGAAGGGGGGAGGGAGAUUGUCCUGGGAGGAGGAAACAUCCAUUGCGCAACGCAGCAGCAGCCUGCACUUUGCUUGCCUGCAUCCCUCUGAUGAAGAUGAAGACACCGUGUUUUUUUCAGAAAGGGGGGCUCCCUGGCCUCUGCAUCGAAGCGAUGCACACAGUCAAUGAUGAAGACACCGUGUAGGAGAGGUCACAGCGUGGUGCGAGCUCGUGCACCGGCACUGUGGGAUCGUUGGUGAAGGGAAUUGCCUUUCAUAACUUCCUCAUCCUGUGAUGCGAGCACUCUAGUUUUUCAUGUUUCCAUUUGGAUGAUGCUGAGUAUGAUGUUGGGGGAACCUCUGUAGUGAUGUUAUGGUACGAUUAAAGAGACGCAUGCAUAUUCUCUUUUAAAAAAAGGAGCCGCAUGCUUAUUCUCUGAAAAAAUCACACAGAAACUAGGACGCUA